UUUGCGUAGGCGCUCUUCUUCGCCCUCCAUUGUCUAGCACGCACGAGCAGACGAUGUGAAACAGCGCCCUCUGCGGUCACAGUUUCUGAUGGGUCACAGAUUUCGGUGUAACACCGGCCGGGACAAAUAAAAAAUUGCCCAUAAUUCGGGAUGUCACGAGUAAUACGGGACGGUUGGCAAACCUAGCUCGCAGGCAGCAGAGGAGAAGGUGCAGCAGGUGUCUGAGUCUGACAGUGAAGUCCAGGAGGCACAGAGUGAGCAGGAGAGUGUCAUUGAAAUGAUGCCCAAUAUCCGCGAAGUGGGGAUGAAUGGGCCUAAAAGGGUCAAAUGGACCAAGGAAGCCAUGGUUCAUGCCGUCCAGGAGGUGAAGGAAGCCAGGACGUUUGGAGUCCCAAAGUCCAGCCUGUGUGACGGAGUCUCUGGACGUGUCGCUGUCGACUGUGUGCACGGCCAAAAAAACGCUUCUCACCUCUGAAGAUGAAGUUGGAGUAUUGUUUGCACUGCGCCAGUCAAGGCUACCCUCAAAGAAAGCAUCAGAUACCAGCCGAGGUGUCGACGGACAAUGAGGUCGCGGUCCUCCGUGGACUGAACACUUGCGGUCAUCAGCGCAGACGGAGCUCCACCGUCUCAGCGAGCGGAGUCCACGAUGCAUGCAGGAGUCCGCUGCGAGGACCUGCUCCACCUCUCGGAGUAUGACCUCUUGGAGCUUGGAGUCCACAAUCACCUUCACCGCCUGCACCUUCUCACUUCUCUACGCCUCCUCCAGGAGCGGGAGAGGAGGAGAGACUUGAGGAUGAUGGCCGAGGGGCGUUUCGCCAGUCUUCCCAGGUCCCUCCAUGCACACCACUCCCUGGCAGGAGGCCCUGCACACCCUGGGAUCCCCUCCAAUUCCCUCAGUGUCCCCAGCGGCAACGCCUGCUCCUCCAGGGGGCUCCAGGCCUCCCUUUCCUCCUCCAUGGACCUCCUCAGCUCCAGACCUGGUCUCCCUCCAGGGCAGGGCAGCAGCCAAUCACAGCUGUCCACUUCUACCUACCAGCCAGUGUCCAUUCACGGAACUCUGCCUCGACGCAAGAGGGGUGGGGCCAACCUCAACCAAGACAACUCUACGUGGGACCCCAGAGCCAAUCACAUGCAACAGACACCUUGGGGGAAAGCAUCACUGGUCCCUGGACACACCCAUCAACCCCUGACCUCUCCGCUGGUCCAAAAUAUCAUCGAUGACUGUCAUGGUUACAGGGAGCCUGUUGCCGGCCUGGACGCCACGGUGGACUAUGUGAAGUUCUCCAGAGAUCAGUUCAUCGUGGACUGCCCCUCCGAGAAACUACGUAAAGAGCUGGAGGAAGAACUGAAGAUGAACUGCGAGGAGCCGAAAAGCCACGCAUGGUACCACGGAGCAAUUCCCAGACAGGUUGCAGAAUACUUGGUUCAACGUGACGGAGACUUUCUGAUCCGUGAUUCGCUCUCCAGUCCAGGGAGUUAUGUUCUGACCUGCCAGUGGCGAAAUGCUGCCCAGCACUUUAAAAUCAACAAGAAGGUCGUGAUGCUGAAUGAAGCCUACUCCAGAGUCGAGUACCGACUGGAGAGGGAAGGGUUUGACAACGUCCCUGCACUUAUACGAUACUACGUCGGCAACAGAAAGUCCGUCUCCCAGGUGGUGGGGGCCAUCAUCUUCCAGCCAAUCAACAGGGGGCUGCCGCUACGCUGCUUGGAAGAAAAGUACGGCCUGUCCAGCCACCACCGGGACUCGCUCAUGGCGCAGGAGAGGCGCAGUCGGAAGCGCCUCAGCCUCAACAUUCCCAACGGACACACACAGGACAACACCCAGGCCGCGCCAAACGGCACCCACUGCCGGGACAACGGCGCGAGCCAAGGCAGCCAGCUCAGGUUUAAGGAUCGCUGUGGCAGCCAACCAGCAAGUCUCAAUCAGGCCCCAGAGAGGCGACGGCCGCUGCAGGCGCACCAGUCAGAAAGCUACCUGCCUCUCGGAUCCAAACCACAGCGCUCUCCCGAUCCUCUCCUCCCGAGCCCGAGCCCCAAGUCGCCGGUGUUUCGGACGGGCAGCGAGCCCAUGCUGAGCCCCUCUGUCCCACGGAGGUCCGCAGAGCUUCUGGCAGGCCAGGCCCUCCGGGGCUCUGACAGCCAGCUGUGUCCCAAACCGCCCCCCAAACCCAGCAAGGUGCCGCUGGCUCGGCUGCGUCGCUCCCCCUGCCUCCAGCCUCCGGUUCCCCCCUCCAGCGCCCCAACCCUCCCCUCCCCAUGUGUGGAGACUCUCGCGUCGCAAUGGAGCAGUGAAGCCACCGCAGGCCCUCCUGUCCCUCCAGUCAAACCCCUGAAGUUCCUCCAUCAGCUCCGCCCUGAACCCUCUCGCGGAUUCUCCGCUUCUGCACCUUCACCUGCUGAACUUGUCCGGGGUUCUGAAUCAGAAGAAGCCGCAGGACGGACUGAUCGGCUGCAGCCGAGCCCGGCGGACCUGAGGCCCCGCAGCCCGCUCGAGUGGCAGGGGUCGAAUCCCCUUCAUCCCAUCACAGAUGUGGAAACCCUGCCCCCGCUCUGCAGCUACGUGGAGCGACUGAGGAGAGAAGGGGAGGCGGUGAGAGAGGAGGAGGAGGAGGAGGAGGAGGAGGCUGGAGGGAGAAAAGGACUGGACAGGAGCUCCUACCAUCACGCCAUCACCGCCUUAGAAAACACCAGCGAGGAGGAGGAGGAGGAGGAGGAAGACAAGAGGAGGCGUUUCCAGCGGCCGGUGGAAGAGACGGAGUCGGCGUUCCAGCCGGCCCGGUUCGGAUCUCGACUUCUGCCGCCGGAGAACAAGCCGCUGGAGAUGGUGGUCCUGAAGAGAGCCAAGGAGCUGCUGCUCAGCCACGAUCACCACAGCAUCGCCCGGCACCUGCUGAUGGCCGACUGCCAGGUUGCAAGGACAGUCGGAGUGACUCCCGAGGUCAAAGGUCAGAUGGGCGUGUCAUCUGGUCUGGAGCUGGUGACGCUUCCGCACGGUCGGCAGCUGAGGCUGGACCUGAUGGAAAGGCACCACACCAUGGCGAUAGGCGUUGCCGUGGACAUUCUGGGUUGCACGGGCAGCGUGGACGAGCGGGCGUCCACCUUAAACCGCAUUAUUCUGGUGGCGUUGGAGCUGAAGGACGCGGUGGGCGACCUGUUCGCUUUCACAGCCUUGAUGAAAGCUCUGGACCUGCCGCAGAUCAGCCGCUUGGAGGAAACAUGGACGACUCUACGAAGGACCUACACACAGACCGCCAUCAGCUACGAGAAGACUCUCAAACCCUUCUACAAGAACCUGUAUGAGGGCACAGCUCCCUCCCCUGCGGUGGUCUGCGUCCCGCUCCUGCUGCCCCUCCUCACUUUGAUGGAGCGUUCGUCGAUCACGCCCGAGGGGGCGGAGCUCUGGGAGACCAGCGACCAGGGCUGCGACAUCAUGCUGCGCCACCUGGAGGACGCGCGCGACGUGGCCCACAACGCACAGCGCUACACCAUCAGCUCCCAGAAGAUCUUGGAAGGGUUCCUGUGUGAUGAGGACCUGUUGGAGGUGUUCAAAACGGACUUUCAGCUGCGGCUGCUUUGGGGAAGCCGUGGAGCCUCAGUCAACCAAUCGGAUCGCUACAACAAAUUCAACCUCAUCCUGACCGCGUUGUCACGGAAACUGGAGCCCCCGCCCAACACACAGAUGGUAAUCUGACUUCACCCCCCGAGCUGCAGCUCCCGUUCAGGUGGAACAUCAGACGGAUCAGAAACAACCCGCGACAAGGGAGAGAAGGACAAGCGGCAAGGGAGGGGCGGCGUUUAGCGAACAGAACGACCUGCUUUAAAAUCAAACGUCUCAGCAACCAGCUCCCCACAAUCCCUCCCUUUUCUCCAAAUGCCUGUUUGGUUCCAGACUUUAUAACUAUUUCAUUUUAAGACAAGUGGGUCACGCUCCUCUCCAGUCGAACGUCUUUCCGGGGGCUCAAAGGCAUCAGUGUCCAGUGGAACUUAACACAAUGACAGUUUAGUUAGAAUGCACAUUAACCACAUUGUGUGCACAAUUAACAGAUUAUUUAUAACAUCAGACUCGCAACAAUGAGACGUCACACACACGCGCACACAGGCAAAUGUGAAUGAAACAAGAUUGAGACGCUUUACUCAAGUAUGCAGUACCUACAGUUCAAUAAAUUAUGAAAUGUUUUUGGUGGCAGAAAUCCUCAGAGUAAAUGGUGACCAGUGCUUUUCUGUCACAGCUAAACGAACAUUUUGAAGGAGGUGAAGUAUUCGUGUGAGAACAGAGCAGACGAGAGGCUUAAAGGGAGACAAUUCAAAAUGUUGCUUUUCCUUAAAGAGCACGUGAUUUUGAUUUUGAUUUUUAACUGACAUUCCAGUUUAUGGAGAACAUAGUUCUACGUUUGGAGUAAUGAUGGAGAACAUUAAAAACAAAAUGUAAGGAUAUACCAUGAAAGAUGUUAAUGUACUUUGUAUUUAUUCUGGCUAAUUAAGCAUUAUGAUACAAACCAAGAGAUUAGUUUUGUAAACUGAAAUCCACCUUCAAUGCCGUGAUAUGUAUUAAUAUGUACAAUGUCCACAAGGUGUUUUUUUUUCCAAAGACAAAGACAAACUCAAGUAAACCUUUUUAUUUUAACAGGAUGUACAUACAGUAGGUUCAGGAAAGCUGAUCUGUAGCGGCAAUAAAACGUGUGUAAAUGUGAUGAGGAUGAUAAGAUUUUGGUUUAUGCAUAAACCUGAAUGAAAUGACAAAAAGUUGGUUAACAUGUGUCAGACGUUGCACAUAUUUAUAAUAUUAGCAUGUUAAUACUGGACUGUACAUAUUUUCUGUAGAUGGCUGACUGAAAAAAAUAGAAUUUAAUGAUUUUAUUAUUUUUAACAACUGUGGUGAGAAUGAAUAAAUAUGGUGCAGUCUGA